GAGGAGGAAGAGCUCCGGGGCGGGUCCCGGUUGUCCUUCUUGGCUGCCCCGGAGGAGACCGGUUGGCGGGCGGACCGUCCCGCUCGUUACUCCAGAGGAAGCCCAUGGGGGUGCUGCUGCUGUGCCAUUUUCCUCAGUGGACAGGUGGAGAAGGAUCAUCAUGGCCUUGAGAGCGUGCGGCUUGAUUAUCUUCAGGAAGUUGCGAGCGGCGUCACCGGCUCCUGCUGUUGGAAACAACAUUGAGUUCCUCCUCCUGCAGACAUCUUACGGUACUCACCAUUGGACUCCUCCAAAAGGCCACGUUGACCCCGGGGAGGAUGACCUGCAGACGGCUCUCCGGGAAACGCAGGAAGAAGCGGGACUGGACUCCACUCAGAUUACCAUCCUGGAAGGGUUUAAGAAGGAACUGAACUACGCCGUAAGAGGGAAGCCCAAAACCGUCGUUUACUGGCUGGCCGAAAUGAAGGACUGCCACACAGAGAUCAAGCUCUCGUCAGAACACCAGGCCUUCCGCUGGUUGACCCUUUGUGAGGCCUGCCAGCUUGCGGAGUACCCAGACAUGCAGAGCGUUUUAAAGGAGGCCCAUCAGUUUCUCUGCUCCCAAGGAUGAGUUGUCUGAGGGGGCCCUGGGAGUGUGUGUGUUUGUAGCGGCAAUGGCGGCGGUGUGGAAUUAGAAACGGGCGGCAUGGAGAAAAGGCAGCUCUCCUCUCCCAAAGAUACUAUAAUCAGGAUACCACUUUACUUAAAGCUUGGACACGUCUGUUCCUGGGGGGGGUAUAGCUUGAUAUGAACUCAGUACUCGGAAAAGAUGGCUGUAUUUUUCCUUUUGUGAAGCCUUUAGGAAACCGAACGGGUGGGUCCUCCAGGCCUUUGCUUUGAUCUAACAAGGCAGUUCCUGUUUCCCACCACCCUUGCGCCUCUGGCUUUGGACGGAGGCAUGUCUCGUCACAAGUUCAAGGUACAUCAGCACUGGUAUGCCGUGGUACUCUCCCCUCCCCACCAAGGACGAGCAGCCGGCCGAUAACGAUGCUCCUGUUGAACAGUAGAAGGCAAACAAUAGAACCACCGUACAUGGUGCUACUCCCGGCUGCUAUGUCUUGGCCAUGAUUGUCCUUUGUGAGCAUCAGGGUGGCUAUCUACUUAAUGCAUUCACCCCACCGAUCAAUACAUUUAGGAAUAACGUCCCCGUCUGCUGCCACUGCUACCUUAAAAUGGUGUAGCCAUACUUUGGAUGCCCGUAUCUUGCUUCAAACUGUUUCGGUUGGGAACUAGAGGCCCCUGGGAAAGGGAUGCUGUGUAACACAGGACCACCUCAUUCUCUCACUGCUCCUGGCCACCGUUGUAUUGCCAGCCAGACCUUUUGGUGGAAUUCUUUGCCAUGCUGGUGGGGAUUCUGGGAGUUGAAGUCCAGAAAAGGGACAUCUCUCACUGGUCAGCAGCACACCUGAACCAGACUCCCAUAGAGAAGGAGGCAAGAGUACACUGUAUGGAUUCUCCCCAGCCCAUGAGUUUUAAUUAAUAUUUAUGCAGGUAGCAUCCAGAAUGCUAUAGACCAGUGGUUCUCAAACUGGGGUCCCCAGAUGUUCU